CACGUGAGGGGGUACGUCUGGCAGGGCUGUUCCGAGAGUGUCGUGCGGCGGGCCGCCGAUAGGUGGUGCGGUGAGGGGCAACACUACGGCAGCGUUUAGCUCACCUUUCCCCCUACGUUCGCCGGGCAGAGGCUGCACAUUGCACACACUCACACCUUGCAGAGGGUUAGGAUGCGGCUGACAGUGACAGUGGUGGUGACGGCGGUGCUUGCCGGGAUGGCCGCGGCACAACUGUCCCUUGGCCCUAACGGCCUGUCAACACCACCCAUCAACCUGGUGCAGGUCAUCAGUGUGGCGCGAGAGAUCUUCAACCAUCUGUUCGGUAGUUCCGAUCAGGCCAAGGCUAAGGAAGCCACGUACGUGGGCAACAGGAUAAACGACAAGAUGCAGGACUUUGACAAGACGAAGGCCAAGUGUCAGCCAGGAGAAGACUGUUGGGCGUGGCUGGACGAGUACUCGAAUGAUGCUAUACUCGACAAGCUCCACCUCAACCAUGGACACUUCAUGACGUUCCCGGGGCAGAACGGCGACCAGGACAAGAACGGGGAUGGAGAGGAUGGGAACGGGAAUGGAGGGAAUGGGAAUGGGGAUGGAGGGAAUGGGAACGGGGAUGGAGUGAAUGGGAACGGGGAUGGAGUGAAUGGGAACGGGGAUGGAGUGAAUGGGAACGGGAAUGGAGAUAAUGGGAACGGGAAUGGAGGGGAUGGGAACGGGAAUGGAGAUAAUGGGAACGGGAAUGGAGGGGAUGGGAAUGGGAAUGGAGAUAAUGGGAACGGGAAUGGAGGGGAUGGGAACGGGGCUGGAGAGGAGGAGGGAGUCACCACGGAAAACCCGGAUUACCUCGAUGUGGUUGAAUCCAAGAUAACGGUGGUCAAGUGGGUGUUGGCGUACGUAGCCAUGAUCAUCACCUGCUCCAUCCUCAUCAUCAUCAUCUCCGUCCCGUACCUCAUCACUGGGCAGACCUUCCGGAGCUUCGACUCAGGACUUGUGCCUCGCGUAGACCAAGAGGACUCGAUGCUGCUGCUGACGUGGCUGCUGGGGGAGGCUAGCGGAGAUUUGUCCUGCCUGGAGCGUGUCGUCUGCCUCAACCCGGAGAGAUCGGCUCGCUACCUCGCCAUCCCCAACGUGAUCGGCUCCUACUUGCAUAGGUGGGUGCCUGUUCGCUAUCAGGAGCAGUUGCAACACCUUACAGAAGUCACGGACAAUGGACUCCAAUACUCCUGCCAACAGUACUCCUGCCCCGUCGUGCCAGAGCUGUAGUAAGCCUUCCACUGGAGUAAUCUGCAUUCAGCGACCUUCCACGGGUACUAUACUCCGUUGACGUUAACUUUGUAAAUAAGUCUCACUCAUUAGAGCCCACCAGUAAGAUUGGCUUACUUGCAUCCACCAUUCACAUGCAGCCUGGGAUGAAGGGGGCGUGGUUUGCUUGUGAAUUGGCCAUGACAUACAUUUCAUGAGGAGGGGGGAAGGGCUUAUUUGCGAAGUUAACCUGAACAGAUUAUACUUGUAGUUACCACGGUGUUCGUGACCGUUCCGCGUAACUUGUAGACUUGAUCUGCACCUGUCACCUUCCACCUGUACAAAUUUCACUGAACCUUGCGGCCUUCCACUCCGUAGACGUCCACUUGUUAACGGAGAGCUUCAUCUGUAAGUAGCUAAUCACGGGUGCCUGUGUGUAAUAAUCCACUGUAGUCACCUUCUAUUAUUAUCUGAAACCUUCCAUCGGACAGUCAACCAAGAAAUUACCCCUUAACUUAAAACUUAAAAAAAGAAAAUAAUAAUAAUAAUAAUAAUAAUAAUAAUAAUAAUAAUAAUAAUAAUAGUGUGUCAUCUUGUUACCAGAUUCCAUCCUUUCUAGUUUUCGCUCAAUUGUAUUCUUUUACAAUGAAAUGGGAAAUUUCUUGGUCAACUGUACCUUACAGUAGAUGUAACAGUAGCUAGAGUCAUCAGUAGCGUUGUCUUAUUCAGUAAUAUACUCGUAUAUCUUAUAUUUAAACCAUAUCUUAUAUUCAAACCAUCUGAAAAAAAAACUAUUGGUGCAGGAUAUUGUGCCUACAGUGUAUUGUGUCUGGGGUGUGUGCGUGCACCACGAGUAACGCACCGGUUAUUUCACUUCCGCCGCCCAAUGUUACAAGAUAAUAUGACUGUGAUGUGACUGUAUCCGACUGUAGGCACGUGAGCGUAUCAUGAGUACUCCCGUACGGGAAGUCUAAUCUUUGGAAUUACAAAUUAUAAAGUAGCCUUGCUGUCGAUUGAGGCAGAAGUUGAGGCAUGGUGUGAAGCAGGCCUUGGCCGCCUCACUUGUUAACGGCUAGUCUUUUAAGUGUUCUUGUAAGGGACUUUUUGGGAUUGAUUCAAAGAAGGAAGGAGGGAAAGGGACGAUAAGGAGAAAUGAACUUAUUACAUACGUCUAAAUUAGAUAAACUAAGACGUGUUGUUUAGGGAUAAAGAUCGCACAGAAGGGACGGUAUUAAAAAAUGAAAAGCUGAUUUUUGUGUGUAGAGAUUAAAUGUUUAUGAAACAAAUUUUUCACCCAUUUCCUCGAGUUUCAACUGGUGAAUACCAAAUACUGUGGCAUAAGUAACAUCAUAAAGCUGGACUACCAAACGUUUAUGUAGUAGUUACAGCUUUGAUGAAACUUUUUUCACUUAUUAAAAUCGGGUUUUGACUGAAUGACCGUGACAAUGACUUGCUGACGGAGGUGCUGAGGGUGGCUAAUACACCUGACUGUACUGAUCAUGCUGACUAAUGAUUAUACUGACGAUGGUGCUGAGUAUGACAACGACGAAGGUGCUGAUGGUGAUGCUGAUGCUGACCGUAGUGAUGGUGAGAAUUAAUCGUGAUGGUGACGAAGACUUUUAUACUGACGGUGACGAUGAUGUUGACGGUAUUGGUGUUGCUGAUUAAAGUGAGGCUGACAGUGAUGCUGAAUGAUUGGUGAUGCUGACUAUUGUAAUAACGCUGACUAAAGACGAUACUGGUGAUGGUGACAGAAUUGACAGUGAUGAGUGACGGUGAUUUCAUAGUUGACGAUGACUAUUGCAUUGGUGACGCUGACAGUGAUGCUGAGUAUGACGAUGAUGCUGACUCUCUUCAUGGUGAUAGCGAAUGGUGAUGCUGACAGUGAUCCUUCUGAACAUGACGGUGAUUGGUGAUGAUGAUGAUGAUGAUGAUGAUGACACUGAUGGAUUCAACGGUGAUGUUAUAGCAAACGCAGUGUGCAUUAUGCUGAUUCUACUCGUGACAACGGUGACGAGUAUGCUGUUGCUGAUGAUGAUGGUGAUGCUGGCUAAUCGGAAUGGUGAUAGACGGUGAUGCUGGCAAUACUGACGGAGAUGGUUACGGUGAUAGAGAUGCUGGUAGACGAUUAUGAUGAUGAUGAUGUUGGUAAUACUGAUGUAAGGUUAUGUGCUGACUGAGAAUGUAAUACUGAUAGAUAAGGCUGGUAAUACUGUCCAAAGGUUACAUGCUGACUGGUGCUGACGAUGACUGUAAUACUAAUAGACGGUGAUGAGGAUAAUACUGUCCAAGGGUUGUAUGCUGACGAUGACUGUAACACUUAUAGACGGUGAUGUAAUACUGUCAAAGCUUGUAUGCUGACUGGUGCUGACAAUGACUGUAAUACCGAUAGACGAUGAGGGUAAUGCUGUCCAUUGUAAUGUAAAUCAAUCAACAAUAAAAGUAAUAUAUCGUAAACGUA